GGGAACAUCAACAUUGUCGUUGUUGUUGGGAUAGCAAUGUAAUGCAGACUAUCCGUGCCAACAUUAAAGAAAGGACUUUUCCAUUGAGAGAGUAAUUGGCAGACUAAAAGUGUAUAUCCAAAUAUAACACAAAUCUAUUUUGUGGCUACGCCAGUCUUAUGUACCCUGCUAUAGGGUAAUUCGAGGGUGUGCUGCUCAGCUGACAAAGUUAGCUAGCUACCCAGCUAGCAACUAUCCUGACUGAAACAGAGGCUCCAGAAUUUAUUUCACUUAAAGAGCAAAGCAAAUGUAUUGUUUAGAUCAGAAGUUUCCGACAGUAGGCUCAUGCAACUACUGCAUGUAGGUCUUGCGGCUUCAGCAAGUUCAAUAAACUGAAGGGUCCAUUUUCUCUACCUCUGACUGAACCGAAGCUUGGAAUGGACUUCACAGAAUGUUAUCAAGACACUUGUUCUGCUGUAGCUCUUGCCGCUAGAGCAGGGGAUGCUAGACGGGUCCAGCGGUUGCUGAAAAGGGGCUAUAGCGCAGAUGUGAAGGACAACAGAGGAUGGAACGCGCUGCACGAAGCUGCUGCCUCUGGAUCAACAGAAUGUCUGCGUCUUCUCACUUCACCAAAGGCUAUGGACUCCGGUGACUAUGUCAACUCUCUGACACACAACUCCGAAACACCCAUUUAUUUUGCUGCCAAAGAUGGCCACGUUCGCUCAGUCAAACUGCUCCUUAAAGUCUCUGCUGAUGUCAACCUGAAAACCCAUGACAUGUCCUGUCCCCUCUUUGCUGCGGUGGACGGGGGUCAUCAGGAGGUAGUGAAAGUGCUGAUCCGACAUGGAGCUGAGGUGAACGGCCAGCGCUCCGUGUCCGGCUGGUCCUGCUUACACCAGGCUGCAUACAGGGGCCAUGCAGACGUAGUGCAGAUGCUGGCGGGUGUGUCGUGCCUGGAGGCACUGGAUGACUACAGCAUCACACCUCUGUUCCUGGCUGCUCAGUAUGGACACAGCUCCUGUGUGGAAAUCCUCGCUGGAGCAGGUGCCAACGUCAACUGCCAGGCUACAGACCUGGCCACUCCGCUGCUCAUCGCGGCCCAGGAGGGCCACCUGCCAUGCGUCCAGGCGCUCCUGACCCACGGUGCCAACCCCAACCUCUACUGCAACCGCGACCAGUGGCAGCUGCCCAUCCAUGCCGCUGCCCAGUUUUCACACGUCAGGGUCCUGGAGCGCCUCCUGGAGGUGACCGAUAGGGACUGCGAGUGCAACGAGGGCAAGGUGAGCCCACUGUACCAGGCGGUGCUCAGCGAGAGAUCAGCCAGCCUGGUGCCCCUCCUCCGCGCUGGCUACAACGCAGACGCACAGCCCUGCUUUGGCUACGCGUGCCCCCUGGAACUGGCUAUGGAGAGCUCCUACAGGCUGAACGAUGAGGGAGUGGAGAUCGUGCGGCUCCUGGUGGAGGCUGGCGCGCGGAUCGGCGAGCAGGCGUACUCGCUGGCCCUGCGCUGCCCGGAGCUGCUGCAGCUGGUGCUGUCCUGCCGCGGGGUGCCCUCCGCGCGGGCCGAGCGCCAGGCCCUGGCUCAGCUGGCCCUGGCCGAGGUGGACAGCGCGUACUGCUGGCUCCCCCUGCUGCUCCAGGCCGGAGUAGAGCCCGCGCUCUUCCUGCAGCCCCGCCUCUUUGAAGAGGCAGCUGAGGAAGUGCUGACGUUCUUGCUGGAGUUCUUCAACUGGAGGUGUCUGCCUCUGGAGAUCCAGAACUUCCUGUCUCGCCGCCAGGCACAUCCCUCGGUGACCACUUUGAAAUCUCUAGAGGGGAUCCCCUCGCUAGCCCACCUGUGCCGGCUGCAGCUGCUGGAGAGUGUGGGCUUCCAGUGCCUGGCUGACCGCUCCUACGUCCAGAGGCUUCCCCUGCCCCAUCUCCUCCACGACUACGUGCAGUUCAGAGACGUCUUCCAGAGGCACUGCAACUCCCUCUGCCUCCUGUCCGUGCCCUUGUGAGAGCUCAGCACACACACACA